CGCGCGCUUGGCGUUGUGACGUGUGUGUGUGUGCGUCUUAAGGGCGCCAGGCUUCCUAGGAGGGGCGCGGUUGUAGGAGAACCAGGCGGGGUGUCUGAUGUGAGUGAGUUGCUCUGGCCGAAUAGUCUACGUGAUUAUUCUGAGCACUCACAUUUUGUUAGCUGCUAUUGUAUUUGUUGUGUAUGUAAUAACGUGCGGCUGGAGCUUUGACAAUUCUCUAGGGCCUUCAUUGCUCAGUUAACUCAUUUGUGCAGUGGAAGAGGGAAGAGGCUGUACUAGCUAGCCACCAAGGCCCUUUCCUGGCUCUAACAUUCCCCAGGUCCCCAGUUAUUAUUUAUUAUGUAUUCAUUUGUUAUUUGUUAUGUAUAAGCAUGACAGUAUCCUGAAGCCAUCGAAGGCUGUGUGACGGUGGAAGGUCUGGGACAAAUUUAAGAAGAGCGAGGUGAGCUGGAGCUGAGAGGGGUGGGCACGCAGGCUACACAGGAAAUGUCACCUCUUUGGAGAGUUUGUGAGGGCAUGGUCGGGAAUGAAAGACUCAUCAGCCAUAGCGAAGGAAAUUCUGUCAUCACCUCUCCCUGAACACCCCCUACUCCCCUCAUUUUCCAUUCCCCAUUUGCCAUUGUUGAUGGCAUCUAGAAAGAUGCAGAGGUUCCUGCUCUCCUGGCCUUAUAGACAUACAGGAUGGUAGUGCAGGCGAGAGGUUAUCUGUUUUGGCCUUAUUUGAAAAAUGAAAAAAAAAUUUUUUGAGUCUGAGAAGGUGACUGACCAAGAUCAUGCAGUUUGUUGGUGGCAGAACCAUGGUUAAAAGUCAGGUCUGCAAAUUCGCAGGCCAUGGCUCAUUUUGUCACUGUUAAUUAAGUCAAAGAUAGUUUCUUAUUAAAAGACCUUUUGAAAGUUGUAAGAAACAAACAUUAAACAUUUGUCUUUUAUUUUGCCUUAAACACCCCCAUCUCUUUUUUCCAGAGGUUUCUUGGAUUUUCUGACCUCAGGGAAUUAAUAGUGUUAACAGGAAAACAGAUUAACAAUGUGGCUUGAGAUUUUUAAUUUUUAAUUUUUCCCACAUCAGUUCUGAAAAAGCCAUAGUGUUUCCUCCUUUAGGUUACUGUUAAAUGCUAAACUCAUCUUCUCAUGUUUUUUAAUUUUUCUGUGUCACAGAACCUAAAUUGGUAAUAAAUCAAUAAGAAACAAAUGUUUACAUUCACUCAGUGAAAAGUAUCAUGUCUAAGCUCAACAUAUAUCGGAGCCACACAUGGACACGUAAGUAUCUUGUAUGUGGAGCUGUGUAGGCAGGUAAAUCCAGGAACUGCAAGGCAGGCCAAGUCUCUUCUAACUUCCUUCUUCCUUCCUUCUUCCUUAGCUCUCCCUCCUUCACUAAGAGCAGAAAAUGAACAGAUCCCAGGAACAAGUGUCAUUCAAAGAUGUCUGUGUGGACUUCACUCAGGAAGAGUGGUAUCUGCUGGAUCCUGCUCAGAAGACACUCUACAGAGAUGUGAUUCUAGAAAAUUACAGCCAUUUUGUCUCAGUUGGAUAUUGCAUUACUAAGCCAGAAGUGGUCUUCAAGAUAGAGCAAGGAGAAGAGCCCUGGAUAUUAGAGGCAGGAUUCCCAAGCCACUGCCACCAAGAAGACUGGAAAGUUGAUGACCUGAUAGAGAGCAGCCAGGACAAUGAAGAUGAACAUUUUUGGCAACUGGCUUUCACUACCAACAAAACAUUAAAUAUAGAUAGUUGUGAUAGAGUAAGAAAAGCUUUCAAUCUGGGCACAGAUUCUGUUCCUUCAAGAAAUUUUCCAUAUAAGAUAUGUGACUCAUGUGAAAUGAGUUUGAAAAAUAUUUCAGGCUUAAUUAUUAGUAGAAAGAGCUAUUCUGGAAAGAAGCCUGAUGAGCUUAAUGUAUAUGAGAAAUUGCUCCUUGAUAUUAAGCAUGAGAAAACUCCUCCUGGAGGGAAAUCUUAUAGAUAUAAUCAAAAAAGGAAUGUGCUCAGUCAUAGCCACAAUCUCAGUCAGCCAAUUUUUGACCAGCCUUCUGAGUAUAAUGAAAAUGGACAAGCCUUCCAUGAGGAAGCGGCCUUUUUCACAAACAAGAAAAUACAGAUAGGAGAGACACUCUGUAAAUAUAAUGCAUGUGGAAGAACCUUCAUCCACAGUUUAGAGCUCAGUUUAUCUCAGAGAACUCAUUUGGAGAUGGAGCCAUAUGAAUGCAAUAUUUGUGGGAAGUCCUUCUAUACAGAUUUAAGACUGGGACAUCAGAGAACUCUUACAGGACAGACUCCUUAUGAAUACAAUGAAUAUGGGCAAACCUUCUGUGAUAACUCAACUUUCAUUAUCCAUCAGGGAGCCUAUGCAAGAAAGAUUCCCCAUGAAUAUAAAGUAGGUCCUAAAACUUGGGAAAAGUCAACCCUCUUUAAACAUCAAAUAGUACACAUGGGCAAAAAACCUUAUGAGCACAAUGAAAAUGGAAAUAACUUCAGCAAGAAAUCACAUCUCACCCAACUUCGAAGAGGUCAUUCAGGAGAAAAAACCUUUGAAUGUGGUGAAUGUGGGAAGACAUUCUGGGAGAAGUCAAACCUCACUCAACAUCAAAGAACACACACAGGAGAGAAGCCCUAUGAAUGUACUGAGUGUGGGAAAUCCUUUUGUCAGAAACCACACCUUACCAACCAUCAGCGAACACAUACAGGAGAAAAACCCUAUGAAUGUAAGCAAUGUGGAAAAACGUUCUGUGUGAAAUCAAACCUCACAGAACAUCAGAGAACACACACAGGGGAGAAACCAUACGAAUGUAAUACAUGUGGGAAAUCCUUCUGCCACAGGUCAGCCCUAACUGUCCAUCAGAGAACACACACAGGAGAGAAACCCUUCAUGUGUAGUGAAUGUGGGAAGUCCUUCUGUGUGAAGUCAAACCUCAUUGUACAUCAAAGAACUCACACAGGGGAGAAACCCUAUAAAUGUAAUGAGUGUGGGAAAACCUUCUGUGAAAAAUCAGCUCUCACUAAACAUCAGAGAACUCACACAGGGGAGAAGCCCUAUGAGUGUGAUGGAUGUGGGAAAACCUUCAGUCAGAGGUCAGUACUCACAAAACAUCAGAGAAUUCACACAAGGGUGAAAGCUCUUUCAACAUCCUGAUGUCCAGAAGCCCUCACCUGCUCUUUCAAGUUAUUAUACCAUUUUUAAAAAAUGAGAUGAAGCCCAAAGAAUGCCUCACAUUACUAGAAAGCAAUGUCUUAUCAUACUUCAAAUAAUACUAGCAUAAAACCAUACUGAUAUUUUGAAUAUGUGAAAGCUCUGAAGAAAAACUGAAACUUUUAAUCAGAAAAUUUAUAUUGAGGGGAAAUUUCUUAAGAUAUGUGGUAGAACUCUUUGUCUAGAAUUUAUGUUGUGUCAUAUUCCAGAUGUGAUACCAAAUUUUAUUGUAAAUAUAGUGGAUGGUAUUCAUUCAUACCUAUAUUCAAGUGGAAUCUGAAGUUUAAAAAAAGUUGAAUCACAACAACAUUAAACAAUUAUGAAGAGGCCCUGAUGUUUGCAGGCCUGAUGUGGGUAUAGUAAUAUAGCAGAAAUUAGAUGUAUGCUUGAUUUGCAUAUUAUAGUCCAACAGACUUAUGAAGAGAAAAUAUCUUUUAAUUAAAGAACUAUUAUGGUCUAUAUUAGUAUCUUCCACACUAAAUACCACCAAUGUCUUUAUAAGUUGCCAUAAUUAUAUAUGUAUAUAUAGUGUAUAUGUAAAUAUAUUUAUACACACAUACCCAACACGUAUGUAGUGGUGUGUUAAGAGUAAGCUCACACUGGCUUGCAACUGCCAAUGGUUAAAUUUUCAGGAAUUUUGUGAGCCAGUACUUAAACAGUCAU